AAUUGUUGUUGUGUCACAAAACUUACUACAUAUUUUGUUAAAACUCUACUUCUUAUUUGUUACAAUUUCAAAAUUCGCGGAAUUUCUUAAAUUAAAAUUAAAGGAUUGUAUUAUUUACUUAUCUUCAGAAUGACACUACAAAUUUGUAGUUAUCAAGGUUGUUAUACGCAACGUUUUCCUUGUAGUUCAAUUACAUUCUUCCAGUUACCAACCGAUGAACCACGACGUACACAUUGGAUACUAAAUAGUGGAAAUAAACAGCUGCUUAACCUUAAGAAUAGCCAAAAACGAUACUUCUGUGAAAUUCACUUUAAUAAAAAGGAUAUAAAAGCACGUUUUUAUAGAAAACUUUUGUAUAAGAAUGCAGUCCCUAUGCCAUAUAUGAGUGAAGAUGUUUCUACACCAAUCACAAAUACAAAUACCAUACAGUUUACGGAGUUCGAGGUAGUAAGAGAUUACCAAAGCGAAGUUAAAGGAACAGAUGAAGACAAUUUGUAUCAGGAACUCGAAAUAAAGGAAGGAGAAUACGAAGCUGAAAAUGAAGAUGAUGCACAGAUUAUGUCAACAAAUGACGACUCCGUUUUAUAUGAUGAUUGCAACGAGGAUGACAUACAGGAAAACAAGCUAUUGACUGAAGAAUUGCUGGACAUACCAGAAACUAUAUCUAAUCUCACUGAAGUAGUACCCACAAAAGAGUCAAUGUAUAUUGAUAGUAAUGGUUUUGUCGGCACAUCGGUUGCUGACGGUGCGGCGUCGACUUCUUGCAUUUCGCCGUCAGCUUCACCCACUACAGAAGUCAUUUACAGUACAGACUCGCAAAAUGCUUAUACUUGUACUACAAAUGAAAGUAUUGUCGCUGAUGCUGAAUUAACUACGGAUUUAGUGUUAAAUAAUGAUAAAGAAAGUUAUGACGAUUUAAAUGAGACCACAGUGUCAGAUAAAUCCUACGAAUCCGAUAAACAUUUUGCGUUAUCACUUGUGUAUUAUUUCCAAAGAUUAAAUGCUAAAAAGAAAGCGCAAGCUAAAAUUGACAUACUAACAUAUUUAGUAGCGCUCGAGCAGGAUACAAAUUCGUAAUGGGAUUUAUCUAUAUCCUUCAUAAUUCAAAAUCCUUGUAGAUGUAUUUAUAAUAUGGCAUGAAAUAGUUGAGGUAUGAUGUUUUUUUCUAUAUUCUUAGUAGUUUGUAUUAUAAAAAAAAACGAAAUUAAAUCGUGUAAAAUAAGCGAAUAAUAAAGUGAUACUAAAACGGAA